AUGGAUAGUCAUAAAGAUGAAUCGAGUUUCCAAGGCGUAAUCGAAACAAUUUAUGUAGGACCUGAUGAUAUUCCUAAAGCCAAUGAUGGUAGCGGUGUUAYUGGCAGUAAUAGUGAUGUUACAUCGGAACCUAAGGUCAGUACUGAUUAUGUCUUGAAACAAUUAAUGAAACAGAACGAAAUGCUGAUGAACUUAAUUUCAUUACAAGCAAGUAAAACAAAUAAUGAACCUAAAAUUAUACCAGUUUUACCCGAUUUAAAUAAAUCGUUACCUAGUUUUGCGGGGAAAAGUUAUAACGAUGAUGCCUUAGAUUGGGUAGAUACUGUGAAUAAUAUAGCUUAUCUCCAUAAAUGGCCUGAUAAUCUGAAGAUAGAAACUGCACGUAAUUGCCUYGAAGGUCCAGCCAAACAGUGGUUCAUUGGUAGAGUUUUCAAUUCUUGGAGUGACUUUGAGACUCAGUUCAAGCGUACGUUUGCUAUGCAAUYAAAUAUCGGUAGUCGAUGGAAAACCUUAGUUGCACGCGUACAAGAUAAAAAUGAAAACGUAUUAGACUAUUUCCAUGAAAAGGUACGUCUUUGUAGAAAUCUUAAUCUCGGCAUAGAAGACAUUACAGAACAAAUAAUGAUAGGUGUAAGCUCCAAAGAACUAUUUCAAUAUUUAUUGAGUCGUGAUCAUUUUAGUGAAGACAGUUUAUUGAGCGACAUUAUUAACUUUKAACGUAUGMWCGAAUAUYGCUUACWACAAAAUAAUAAGAUUUCUAACAAAUUGGACUUGGGUAAAGUAGUAUCUAAUCYUAGUGAUAGGGAUAAAGCUAAGGUAAUAAAGAAGUGUGCCAACUGUGGAGGAAGGUAUCAUGUGGCUGAAAAUUGUCGCAAACCAAAGCGAGAAAAUGUAUCUUGCGUUCUAUGUGGCUCUAUGGAUCAUAAAAAACCAGAUUGUCCGAAGCGUUCCACWUCARCAUGGAAGGCAAAUAAGGCAAGAGAAACGGACAAGUCUACAAUGUCUACAAUGUUGGUUGAAAAUGUUCYUGUGGCUGCAGUACAGAAGGUGAUUGGUGUAGUAUUCGGUGAAGAUACAGAGGUAAAAUUAAAUGCAAUUCUUGAUUCUGGAAGUGGUAUCUCUUUAAUAAAAGAAAAUAUUGUUCCUCUAGACGUUAAGUAUAAUUCACAGUUUGUUAAUAACWUUGUUGGUAUUAAUAAUGUUAAAUUAGAUAUUCUGGGCGUCAUUAAAGCUAAGCUUAUAAUAGGUGAGAAUAAUUUAAUGUUAGAUUUUCAUGUUGUUUCUAAUAACACUAUGGUAAAUGAAUGUUUAUUGGGAAGGAACUUCUUACUAAAUCAAACUAUAACUGUAAUUUUUGAUAAUAGUGAAGUAGUUAUAAAACAAAAAGAAUUGUGUUCAGAGAAUCAAUAUAUUGCAGAUGAGAUUAUGUUAAUUGGCGAAAAUGGGUUGUUUGAUGAAAUGGAUGGUAAAUAUGAGUUAAAAAUAGAAUCUGAAGUUGAUUUUGAAGUAAAAGCCAAAUUGUAWGAGUUAUUCGAGGAAUGUUAUGUUAAACCGUUAAGGCCUAGUGAACCCAAAACCUAG